GACUUUCACUACACAUUGUCGCAAAUCGACAAUUUAAAAGCCCUAAAUUCGUCUUGUUUGUCCAUUCAACGUGUGGUUCGUGUCCCGCCAUGUUAGUGUCGUUCUGUUUUGUCACGUCAAAAUCACACUUGUGCCUUGAAGUGAGUUUCUCGUUUCAUGCUACACAUUUCAAGAUAGGAACAUUUAUGAUACAUAACAAGGAAAACAUUGACCACGACUGUUAUGGGAAUGCUACCAUAGUUUUUAGUGGAAACCUUGACAAGAAUGGUGCGGCCGAGCAAGAUGCCGCAGAAGAAGCAAAGCAACAGGGGCGGACCCCCUGAAAGCCAGUCGUUGGACCGAGACUCAGAGGAGGAGGAUGCUGACACCGAUGAUGAGCAGCAGGAUGAGUGCUCCACUUCACUUCUAACGCCAUCCUUGUCAGAUAGAGAAAAGCGGUGGCGAGAGAGGAAAUGCAAAGCCAGGUGUAAAGUUUCUACCUCAGAGAUGACAGAAGAGGAGAUGAUGGCCUUGGCCCUGCAUCUGAGCGCGCAGGAAGCCAACGUCGGCGCGCAGCAGGAGGACGCUGCUCUGAUGAAAGCCAUCAAAGAGAGUUUGUUCAGCCAGAGACGAGAGCUCUCUCAGAGUCAGAGUCUGCUGACCGAAGCAGACACCAUCUUCUCUCAACGCGGUCACUCAUACUCGAACGGCAUGGCGGAGUUACGCAACAAUCUGACAGCAUCGGAGAACGUCUGCACAACCCUUAGCCGGGAGGUGGACGGGAACGGUGGAACCCAGCGAGGUCAAACGUGGAAAAGUAAGGAAAGUCCUCUGGCGGGCUUGUCGCAAAGCACCAACAUCUGCACUCAGGCAUUGGCCAGUAGCUCCGAGUCAGCGCUUGAAUUUUUGGACUCGCCCCAGAGCUGCGAUUCCACGCACAUCGACGAUCAGCCACUCCCUAAAUCCCCCGUCUUCGCCUUGAGCGGUCGCCAAGCCAGGGUGACCUCCCCCCAGCUGAGCCAAAACACGCCGGAGAGCUACAAGAGCCCCAGCUACGCGCUUUGUUCGCAGCCUUCGCCGGCACGCGGCAAAAGUCCCCUCUUUUCCGAGUCGGACACGGGAGACGAAUGCGCCAAGUAUUGCAAAAGCGCGGCGUUUGGAGAUGAAUCUCGAUGCGACGGUUUUCUGGACGGCGAAGCAAGCAGCCCGGACGGACCAAACUCGGACUUCAUCUUCUCUUCUCAGGAGAGCUCAAGCCCGUCCGCUAGGCCUUCUUCCUACCCGCCCAUGAGCCUGGUAUUCCCAAGGAGCCCGGCGCCCUCCAAGAACUCGACACUGCCAAAAAGUAGUCUCCUCUUAUCGGGGACAGAUGGAAAGCACGCCCAAGAUGCCCAAUCGACCAAUGUGGACCGGAAUCCAUUUCUGGGUGUUGCAGAUGACUCAUCUGAAACGGAGCUGACGAGCGACAUGACGCUUCGCUGGUCCGACGAAGACGCCGAUCAGACGGUCCGUUGCGCCGCGUCGCUGGUGAGCUCCCCCAGUCCAGUCUACCCGGACGAGAAGCGCUUUGAGCAGGCCGAAGCACAGGCAGCCCAUUUGAACCAGGUGACCGAAGCGGCUCUGGAGACAAACGGCUCAAGCUGCAGUGUGAACACCCAGCAGUCUGUCCCCGCCCCAUCUUUGGUUCACUACUACUGGGGGGUCCCCUUCUGUCCACGUGGUCUGGAUGCAGACGCGUACACACAGGUGAUCGUGGCCCAGAUGGAGUUGUACGAGAAGAGUCUGAAGGAGGCUCAGAGGUGUCUGUUGAGGAAGGCCGAGUGGGGGGACGCCAUCGUGCCACAAUUGGAGAAAUCCCCAUUAUCUGACUCUUCCCACGCAAAACCUCCCCGAAGGCUUGGCCUCAGACGCAAAGAUGCAAAGCUUAGCGGUCAGGAAGGAGACAACCUUCUCUUGGAGGAGGAGGACGAGGAAAAGAAGAAAGAAGAGGAUCAGAAGGUGGAAGAGGAGAUGGCCGAAGAGACUGCUCAGACAGACUUUGACGUCUGUGCCGUGUGUCCGGGUACUUCACGCACGGCUUUAGGAACGAAUUUUUCCUCCCGUGUUUCAAAGACCCAAAUGAGCGAGGACGAUCACACGGAUCUAUCGAAGCCCAGCAGUCCGGAGUUUCCUGCACCUGCGGCGAGCGAUGACGAUCAAGCGGCGGAAGAGGAGAAGACGAUGGACGGAAAAACUCUAUUCUUCGAUCAAUCCUCGGAAUGCUCUUAUGCUGAAAAAGGUGCCUUUAACUUGAUUGCAUUCUCGGCUGACGGAGAGGCUCAGAAAAAACACCUCGCCGCCAGCGACAUGGGUCGAAACCCCGCCCCGACGAAUGAGGAGGAAGAGAGCGAGCUCGGAAGGUCGCGUUCGCCCGAGCCGCAGCCCGCCGGCUUCGAAGCUGCCGUGGAGUGUCCCAUUUGCCAGGGAACUUUCCCCGCCGGCAGAAUCGAGAGGCAUGCGGCCUACUGCGACGGCGAGGUGGAGACCUCGGCCAUGGACGACCUCAUGCUUGCGGAUGAACGUUCACAAGCAGCGUUCUUGAAGCCCAAAAGGAAGCGAAAACGGUGGGCAGCAGAGGAAGAGGGCGACGCCGCCGCCUCUGACACAAUCCAGGAGAAAUGUUACAUCUGCCAAAAGGCUGUGGCCCUGUGCGACUACAGCGAGCACACCGAUCUCUGCAUCCAGCGGCGGGCGGCCAAAACACCCGGGAAAGGGAAUCUGUUGGCGGCUCUGGAGCAUGUAGAGAGCAGGCAUGCAGGAGCCGGGACGUCCAGGUGCAGACUUCAGCAAGGCGACGUCAUCGAUCUGAGGGACGACAACGAAGAAGCGGGCGUUUCCACGCUGGCGGUCAGCAACUCGCCCAUUAAGUCGUUCACGCCCAUCUCGGAGGCCACCGACUGUCUCGUCGACUUCAGGCGCCAGCAGUGGCCGAAGAAACCAAGUCACAAACGAAGGUGAAGAGGAGAGGCUCGGGGUGCGGGGGCGGUACCCGGUAAGCCUUGAUGAAGACCGAGGUGGGCCCACAUCAGCACGGCGGCCUUGAGACUCAAGUCUCCGACCAAGAAUGUAUGCAACGCGCUUGAAUGCUCAUCAUGAGGCUUUCGAAAUCCCCCUCAGCUGUACUGCACUGAAGCAAACACCCCCGACCCCUUUUUUAAUUUUUAUUUUGGGUGCAUUGGAACUAAGUGCAAAAUGAAAUUGGCAUUUAAAUUCAAAUGCGAACAACACUGUGAUUUGAAUAAUGGUCAAUGUAUGCAUGUAAGCUGUCCCCCCCCCACACCCCAAAUUUUGGUGAUUUUUUUUUUUUUUACUCCUUAAAAGAUUGGUUCAUUUAUUGUAAAUAAAACAUUGUCAAACACA